UCUGGGAGACAAAAGCUACAAGUGCUCUUCAGCAAUGUCUCCUCAGGCUGAUCCCUCCUGACAGGGCACCACUGCGGCACCGCCAUGUCACACUGUGAUGUCCCCGCUAUGCAGCACGGGCAUCACAAUGGCACCUCAGAACAUCCCAGUGGUGCCCCAGUCAGCCGGCACCAGUUGGCCUUUGCUUGCUGGCUGGAAGGACAAGGCCUGGCUCUCCAGUGCAAUGUCCAACGAGGAAAGCUUUGGUCUCGCUGAGAGAGAAGAGAUGGAAAGGCAGCCAUCCCCCACAGCAACACCAACCUUUUCUGCUCCGGACGAGCUGGGGGAAAGAGCACCCUGCGACGCUGCCGUCCGAGAGUGGGAGGAGGAGCAGGAUGUCCACCCUGGCAGUGAGGGACACGGGACCACACAAGUCCCUCCUGUUUCCAACAAGAAGGAGGCUGAAGCCAAUGAAUUCACAGCCCUCCACUUUCCACAAAAGCUGUGGAAACUGGUAGAAAGCCCCCAGUUUCAGUCCAUUUGGUGGAGUGCAGGUGGGAAAUGUGUUGCCAUCAACGAAGGACUCUUCAAAGAGGAAGUGCUGGGCAGGGGAGGACCUCAACGAGUUUUCGGCAUGAACACCAUGAAGAGCUUCCUCAGGCAGAUGAAUCUCUAUGGAUUCACAAAACUGAAGAAUGAUGUCCAAAGAUCUGCCUCCCUGCCCGAAUUCCUGGCAGAAGAAGCAGCAGCUUCUGCCCACAGCCAGAUCCUCUACUACUACAAUCCUAACUUUAACAGGAACCAUCCCCACCUGCUGGAGAGCUGCAAGAGGAGGGUUGGUGUCAAGCGGAGAGCCUCGGAUGCCCCAGCAGUGGAUGAAGGCCACCCCUCCACGAGCCCAGGGGGUCAGCCUGCAGGGGACACACCAGUUCCCACCAAGCGAUGGGCUGAGGCACCUCCCAGCCUCACCAGUGUCACGCCACCUCCACCAGCAGCUGCUCCCACCCUUCCCCAGCCGGCCGGAGCAGCAGGCGGCCAGAGGCUCAUCCCUCUGUCCUUCUUCUUCCUCCCACCACCCAGCAGCCAAGCCCCAGAGGGUCUCCAGCCCCAUGCUCAGGCUCCUCUGUGCUUCCCAGUGCCCGUGCUGGCAGCAGGCUCAGCUCUGCUGGGGCCAAGACCACCCCACUGCCCCACCUGCACCUGCACCCCCAACCCUGCAGAUGCACCCCAGCAUGGCAUGUCCUAAAUGGAGCACAGAGAGUCAUCCACAAGUCCAUAGUUUCUAAUUCGUAGCAUUUUAAGACGAUAGAUCAUAAUAGAGUUGUUAAGAACUAGAACCUAGUAGAGUUGGAAUAAACUGUUUGGACAAUAAACCUUU